AGCUUCCUUGCAUCUGCGUCAAUAAAUAGCUACAACAAUUAAGCACAUCAUAUAGACCAAUUAAUUAAUCUGGUAAAAAAAAUAAAGAAAAGAAAAGAAAAUGGGCAUCCUCCUCACGAUCGCCGGCUUCACAUUUGGCGGGAUCCUUGUCACCGCCGUUUGGUUCGUCUACCUUUUGGUAAAAUCCUACGUCGGGAAGUCAGUCAACAGCCCGGAGUAUGCGCCGGUGAAGGGCACGGUGUUCCAGCAAAUGCUCUACUUCAACCGGCUGUACGACCACCAAACUCAGCUGGCUAGAAGUCACCGCACUUUCCGGCUGGUGGGUCCCAGCUGUAGCCACCUGUACACGACCGAGCCAAGGAACGUGGAGCACGUGCUGAAGACCAACUUCCACAGCUACUCCAAAGGCCGCUACAAUCAAGAGAUCAUCACCGACGUUUUCGGCCACGGCAUAUUCGCCGUUGACGGCGACAAGUGGAAGCAGCAGCGGAAGCUCGCCAGCUUCGAGUUCUCCACCCGAGUUCUCAGAGAUUUCAGCUGCUCCGUCUUCAGGAAGAACGCUGAGAAGCUCGUUGCGGUUGUCGGAGACGCGGCCGGCCGGGCCUUUGAUGUGCAAGAUGUUUUGAUGAGAUGCACGUUGGACUCCAUAUUCGAAGUAGGGUUUGGGGUGGAGUUGAGGUGCUUGGAGGGGAGCAGUAAAGAAGGCGGACAAUUCAUGAAGGCAUUUGACGAUGCGAGUGCCUUGACUUACUGGCGCUAUGCGGAUCCAUUCUGGCGGCUGAAGAGGCGAUUCAAUCUCGGCGCCGAGGCUUCCCUCAGGAGCAACAUCCGGACCAUCGACGACUUCGUCAGCCACGUCAUCGCCACCAAGCGCCGAACCACCGCCAAGAAUGGCAGUGGCAAGGAAGAUAUACUGUCAAGGUUUCUGGUGGAGAGUGAGAAAGACCCGGACACCAUGAACGACCGAUACCUGAGGGACAUAAUUCUCAACUUCAUGAUCGCCGGGAAAGACACCAGCGCCGGCACGCUGUCUUGGUUCUUCUACAUGCUCUCCAAGAACCCUCUUGUCCAACACAAAUUAGCGCGUGAAGUCGACGAGGUGGCCGGCGGCAAUAAUAAUGCUGUAGAUGGAACUACUAGUAUUGUUCACGACUUCAUUCAAGGCAUAACCGACACGACACUGGACAAAAUGCCAUACCUGCACGCUGCACUUACGGAGACCCUCAGGCUCUACCCUGCUGUCCCAAUAGACGGGAGGUGUUCGGAAGCGGAUGAUAUUCUGCCGGACGGGACGAGGGUGAAGAAGGGUGACUUGGUCAACUACUUGGCCUACUCCAUGGGUAGAAUGAGCUACAUUUGGGGGGAUGACGCACAAGAUUUCAGGCCCGAAAGAUGGCUCAACGACGACGGAGCUUUCCAACCACAGUCUCCCUUCAAAUUUGUCGCCUUUCACGGUGGUCCUAGGAUAUGCUUAGGCAGAGACUUCGCUUAUCGGCAGAUGAAGAUCAUUGCGGUGGCGCUGCUUCGCUACUUCCGAUUCCAACUUGGAGGCCAUGACAAUGUGACUUACAAGACUAUGUUUACCCUUCACAUCCAUGGAGGUCUCUAUCUCUGUGCCACUCCAAGGCCCGCACCCUGACAGACACAUUAUAACAUUUUGUCGCUGUCUAUGUUUUAUUUAUAUACUAAUUAAUGCUACCUAAAACC